AUGAUCUAAGCAAAGCAAAAGAAUACUAUGCUUACUAAUUAAAUGCCUUUAGUAACUUUAUCUUAAUCAUAUUCUUAAAAUAUUACUGUAGAUAAUAGCAGUAUUUAUAAAGAAAAUAUGGAAACUUUUUCUAGGUUAUUCAAGAAUUUAGAAAUAAAAGGAUUGCAAACUUAUAAUCCUAUAAAGUAAAACAGGAGAGUAAUUGAAAUUAAAUUACCUGAAAUUAAGAAAUACUACUUUAAUAAAAUGUUCAAUACCACAAUGAUUAUUUUAACUAUAAGUCUAAUUGCCUCCCAAUAAUAAUAUUGA